GUGUGGAUAUCAUGUGCAUGCGUGUGACAUGAUCUAACAACUGGAGACUUUUGAUACUCCAUAGUUGAAGUACGCGUGACAGUACGUUUCUUGGGGGCAAAAUGUCUAAAUUGAACAGAGAUUCACCAUUACAUUCCAGUGGUAUGUGGACCAAACGCAAUGUCGCGUCCAGCGUGGUGCCAACAAUUUCACCAAGGCCGCAACAGACAUGAGUGUUGCUGAUCGGGAAGGACGGCCAUCUAUAUCGACUACAGAGCACAUUUCCGGGCAACGGAGGAACUGAUUCGUAGCUAUCACAAAUUAUCACACUAUGACAACAUUAACACAGCGGUUCUCGAAUAGCUCCGUGACAAAGGAGCGCAUUUUUAUCGUCGAGUAACUGAAUAAUUUGUAGAACGCUCCAACCGUUGUGUUCACAGACUUGGUGACUGCCCGGGACAAAAUAUUGUCAUGUAUCUGUGUCACUUUAAAGUGUAGUGUAGCUUCAAUAAAAUUACUUUACCUAUCGUAGUGAUACAUAUUUUACUUUUUAAAGACCUCCUCGUGUUUUAGGAUACAAUUUCCAUUGUAACUUUAGCUACAAUGAAAACCUCAGUAGGCCUAUACAUAUUUCUGUGGCGGAGUAGUUCCAUUUAUUUUCAGCUACGAUGUGAAGUUAUAUUGUAAUGGGGGAACGAUUAGCUCCUUUACUCAUUCACAUUUCCAUCACUGACUCAUACUCAUUCAAAAAACGCGUUCUCCUACUACACGGUUGUAAUUCAGCUAUAGUAAGACGUACUUGGUGUUGUCUCUGUUUACAGUCAACAAUUGCCUAAUGAUAUCUUUGAUAACAGCUGUCCGUCAACAUUGUGCCUAUACAACUUGUAGGAUUGAAGUGCGAUAAAACCGAAUGAUUGUUGUCCCUCCUCAAGCUGCAAAGUAAUAAAGAAAUGUUUUAUAUAAAUACGCCAGUGCCGUGAUCAACUGGUGUCAGUCAGCAUCUUGAGGCGACACGACAGAAAGAAACGUUUAUGUAGAGGUUCUGGUACUGAAGGAGCUCUGCAGGAUCCAUCACCAUCUCAUAACAUAUAGAUGCAAGUUCUGUUGAUGAUGUGUUUUUAUGAAGAAGGAUAUACUAUGGGCUUCAGGAAGUGAAGUGGUGUACAGAUGUUUCUUCAGUGCUUCAAACAUGUUAUGUAAAAUUGCACUAAUGCUAUUAAUUUUCACUGGAAAAUGUGCAGCAGAGCAUUUUCUACACAUGUUGGUUGAAGAAGUAACUGCUCACAAUUACACAUACUACAGUCUUUCUUAUGAAGGAUACAUCAGACUUUAUCUGUACUCCCUAAGUGGCGAUGCUGAUCUGUAUGUAUCACAGUAUGUUUCAAAGCCAACAUAUGAUCCAGGACUGAACUGUGCUCAGUCAACAACAUGUGGGGUGGAUGUUGUAGAUAUUCCAAGAAGUUUCAGGCGACCUGUUGGGAUUGGAGUCUAUGGCCAUCCAUCACAUGAAAGAAGUGAAUAUCGUCUUGAAGCAUACUAUGUUGAUGAUGAACAUGAUAGUGGAGAUGUAGAUAUCCGUUCCUCAGGCACUGUGGAGACUGGGAGCACUGGUGUACCAAAGAAAAAGAAAGCUUCUGAUGACACAACUGACGAAAGUGUGAUAUGGUCAUUCGUAUUUUACAUUUUUGAAGUUGCGUUUGAUAUAAUGUUUAUUUGACGAAUUUGAUAUUUGCAUUUGUAAUGUUCCUGAGAGUCCAGGACAAUGAAGUGAAUGAAACAAAGUAUUUCAUUAGUGAAUUCAGGACUUCUUCCUCCAGAAACAUCAGUCAUUGGUGUUAAAAGGUGAUGCUAGUGUGCUGUGAAUAAUGAGCUUUCCUGUGAUGAAUUAUCACAUUAUCCUGUGACAGAAUGUGUCUGAUGAUUUUUAUACUUCGUCCAUUUAGAUGACUUUCCACUAAAUAAUUGUGCUUGAAAUUAAUAUUUCAAGCAUUUGAACAUUAAUUCCCUUAACUGUUUAAUUGUAAGACAUAAUGGCUUGACUGAGUAUUGUGUGGAAUUACACUGCACUGGUGUAGCUAUACUGUGUUAUUGUCUGGAUAGUACAAUAAAUAGUGGCCAGUAUCAAAUACUGCGCAACAGCUGAAAUUAUGUGCAGUGUGGUAAUCAUGUAUAGUUAAUGCUGUAAGAUGAUUUAAUGUACAACUCAUGUCAUCAAAGUAUGAUAUUCUGAAAUGUGGCACAGUCACUACAUUUCAAUAUGUUUUUUGUCAAACAUUAUUUACGUUGUGCUGAUGGGCAGUUAAUACUCCACCCGUUUUAUGUGCCAUUCGAGAGAAAGGUAUUUGAGUCAACGUACCUGACAGAUUAAAACUAUGCACUAAUGUGUAACAUGUGCAUAGUCUGUUUCUCUUGGAAAUAUUAAUAAUAUAUCUGAGUAAUCAACAGUCUCUCUUUGGUGUUUAGAAAAAUAGCUUGUAAGUGUUAGUAGAGUGAAGCUUUGAAUUAAAGUAAGUGGGGUGCUUUGAAGAAUCAGAUGAAAAAGGCUUCCCUGCAAUAGGCAAAUAUUAGGGUUUGAAGUAUGAUUCACCAUGUACCUUUAAUCUGCCAAAAAUAUUUAAUUUCAACAUACAAUCCCUCCACUGUAGUGUCGGGUACAUUAAUGACAUUAAAAUAUUUUGCAUGCCAGAGAGAACUAUUGUGCUUAGGUUAUUGUUAUAAGUUUCUGGUAGGAUGGUUAUUCUUCCUCUUUCAGACUUCCCAGAUAUUUAUUGUUUGAAUUGGUAUUUCUGUACCAAAAACACUAUUGUUUAUCACUGUCAAUCUAUUCAACUACUGAUCUAGCCAGUUAGUCCACCUAAGUCAGUCACAAAGGGUUGUUCUCUGCUUUACGCUUCAACAGUCUGCUGUCUAAAACUACGAAGUGCUGGUGUCAAGUGAAUAUUCUUAUAUACUGAAUUUUCUUGAUUCAGAAUCUGUUUGAUUCAGAAUCUGUUUCUUCAGAAUAUGGCACUUCAUUUCUAUAUUACUUCAUGUAAGUAUUUUUUCUUAGUUGUUUCAAUGUAUUUAAAUGGAGAGACAGUAAUAACUUUGUGUCACAGGUCUGUAAUUGAAGACAGUGUAAUUUAUGUUUCUACCUACAUGGCAACAUCUCCUUUUCACUAAGUUCUAGUUCUCUUUGGUUCCUACUAGCUUUUGGAUGCUUGUCAUUGGUGCUAUACAUAUAAGAUGGCAUAAUAUUCUCUACGGCUUGUGAUUCCUUUUGUGUAUGUGAUCUGCCCUAAGUUUAGAAGCUGUGUUUUAUUAUCGAGACACAAAACUGACUUUCUCAUCCAGUAUAUCUCGUGUGUCCAUUGACUAUGGAACUGGAAAUGCUGGUGUCGCAUUCUCUCUCUCUCUCUCUCUCUCUCUCUCUCUCUCUCUCUCUCUCUCUCUCUUUCUCUCUGUCCUAAUUUUAUGAAACACGCAUUCUAAGUAAUCAUUGUCCUAUGGAGUACUUGAAAUGCUGGUGAUGUCAAGAAUAUUCACAAACACCAAAAGCAUAAGAUCCUUUGUGUACUUUCCAAAGUACAUUCCCAAAACAAAAUCAAUACUCUUAUCUGUGGACCGUGUUGCUGUCAUUGACAAAAUGGUGGAUGUCAGUGGCUUCUUACUUUAUUAUUUACUUACAGUGAGUAUCAUUUGCACCCUGUUCUUUGGUAAUAUUUAGUUGCCUAUUCCAUUCAGAUACUGUUGUAAUGUGUUGGCUGAUCACUCAGCAUUAUCUGUCCAUUUCAUCGAGUAGGUUGAAAUAGUGAAAGUAUUUGUUAAUGUAUUAUGUUAUGAAAACUAGCCCUAAUAUCAUUACAGCAAUGGAAAGUCCAUUUUGAAAUGUAAAUAAUGGUCAAAGGUCAGCCCAAAUAUAGUGGUGGUCUGUUCUUUUGAUUGCUAUUGUCCGUGAUACCAAAAAUGGUUGUUAUUUCUUUAAGAUUGAGUAGAAGUGUAGUUCUAACAUACUGUUGUUUAAACUGAAUGUGUCUAUGGCAUGUUAUGUAUGUAUUCUCCAUUGAAAUAUUAAUAUUUAUUGUGUUACUCCUCAUAUGAAGCCUGCUUUAUGACACAUAUGAAUGAGAUCUUGUGUUAAAUAUAUAUAUUUUUUAAUAUUAAGGUUAGCAUAGCAUGAUACAAACUUACUAAACAGUUGUAUAGGACCAAUCUCAUAUGACAGAUCUAGGGUGGGCAGUGUCAUCUGAUUAAAAAAAAAAAAAAAACCUAUAUUUUUUGUAGGCAGUCAAUUUCUCUUCCCUGUGAGAUGUUUGUAGUUGUCACCCAAAAUGACAUUAAAAACCUUGUCUUCCUUGUACUAUGAAAUUUGUGAAAUACUGUGCUAUGGUUUUUUAUUUGUAAUUUAGUCUGAUAAGCACAAAUGUUAAUAAAAUAUUUGUAAUUA